AUUCACUUGCCAACUGGUUUCUGUGCCGAGCGGUUGAGUUUUUGUGCAUUUUUCUUUCGGUUUUUGCGCCUUUUUGUUGAGUGUGGCAACAUUUUGAGUUUGUUGUGAUCGCGGAAUAGAAAAACAUCGCAGAAAAAAAAACACAAAAGAAAGCCGGCCGGAAUUGAGAAAGGCAGAUGGCCGUAAACACUCACAAGAUUCGCAACAGAGUGCAUUGCCUACUUUGAGGCCCCUUGCAAUGGGUGGUUUGUCAGCUUCAGUUACUGAACCAGACAUGGAACAGGAGGCGCCCCAGCCGCAGGAUAAUCUGCGCAUAUUUUUAAAGCAUUUGUAUGCCGAGUGCGUGUACAGAUACCAGAAUGACACAUACGACGACCCAAUGACAGAAACCGCAACAGACUACGAGUCAGAUUUGCCGGAGAACUUCAGCCCUGUGCCACGAUAUCUGGAAAAUGCUGCUUUAAACGAAGGUUCGAUUGACAUGCGGAACGUGGACGAAAAGCAAGCGGAAAAGGAGGAGCUAUUCGCCACCAUUCUCACGGCCACGAUGGCCACAAAUCAGAAUCAGGACGAGCCAGCUGGGCAACGUAGUUCGGGGAACAGCAGUAGCAGCGGCAGCAAACGCCUCUUCUGCCCCUUGGACUUUGACGGAUACCUCUGUUGGCCAAGAACUCCGGCCGGCACUGUGCUAAGUCAAUAUUGUCCCGAUUUCGUUGAGGGCUUUAACAGCAAAUUUCUGGCCCACAAGACCUGCCAAGAGAACGGCUCCUGGUACCGACAUCCGGAGAGCAACAAGACCUGGUCCAAUUACACCAACUGUGUCGACUACGUUGACUUGGAGUUUCGCCAGUUCAUCAACGAGCUGUACGUUAAGGGUUACGCCAUCUCCCUGCUGGCCCUGCUCAUAUCGAUUAUUAUUUUCCUGGGCUUCAAAUCCCUGCGCUGUACACGCAUUCGGAUACAUGUGCAUUUGUUUGCAUCGCUGGCCUGCACCUGUGUGGCCUGGAUUCUUUGGUACCGCCUCGUGGUGGAGCGACCUGAAAUCACAGCCGAGAAUCCGCUCUGGUGCAUCUUAUUGCAUCUGGUUGUGCACUAUUUCAUGCUGGUCAACUACUUCUGGAUGUUCUGCGAAGGCCUCCACCUGCACUUGGUGCUCGUUGUGGUCUUUGUCAAGGACACGAUUGUGAUGCGCUGGUUUAUCAUCAUCAGUUGGCUAUCGCCAGUUCAUUUCGCCGUCGUCUAUGGCCUGGCCAGGCACUUCAGCAGCCCAGACAAUGAACACUGUUGGAUCAAUGACAGUCUCUACCUGUGGAUUUUCUCAGUGCCCAUAACUCUUUCCCUUUUGGCUAGUUUUAUUUUUCUCAUCAAUGUCCUGAGGGUAAUUGUGCGAAAACUUCAUCCCCAGUCGGCCCAACCGGCUCCUUUGGCCAUCCGGAAAGCAGUUAGAGCCACUAUUAUCCUCGUACCUCUGUUCGGACUACAGCACUUCCUUCUACCCUAUCGGCCGGAUGCUGGAACCCAGCUGGAUCGCUUCUACCAACUGCUCUCUGUGGUCCUGGUCAGCCUUCAGGGAUUCGUGGUUUCCUUUCUGUUCUGCUUUGCCAACCACGACGUCUUGUUCGCUGUCAGGACACUGCUAAACAAGUUGAUGCCCAGUUUGGUCUCUCCGCCACCGGCAGGGAGUAAUACUGGACAGAUGGCGACAACCACACCCAGCCGGGAACUGGGCGUUUAGAGUGUACCACCCGAAAAUGCAGCGAAAUAUUAAUCGCAUUGAAGAGCAGAGGUUUUGAAAACCCUACCCAAGUACACAAAUACAAAAACAACAGUUUUCCAAAAGAACACCAACAGUAUUCCAACAGUGCCACAUCCGAAGAACUACAGCCUAAACAGUACAACAACCAUACUCAGAAUUUUAAAGAGAAAACUUUGAGAGGUUUUUGAAACCUUUACAAUAACAGAACUCCAACAAAAUAAAGCAGUAUUCCAUCAAAUCCACAACUUAAAGAAUAACGGACUUUACAGUACAACAACUAUACUCCAACUAACAAUUUUCGUGAAACCCCAGUUAGAAUUUUAAAGAGGAAAUAUUUAGAGGUUUUUGAAACCCUUCCAACAACAGGACCCCAAGUAGCAGGAGAAAGCAGUAUUCCAACAGUUCAAAAACCUUAACCAACAGCCCUAUCCCAAACUCGGUUUCAUAAUUUGCCUAAUGCCUGUGUUAUUUUUGAUAUCUCUUUGAAUAUGUUUUAAAUUUAAUUUAAAGCAAGCAUUUAAAGCAAGUUUAUGGCCUGCUGAUGUCUACAAUGGAGUGAAACUAAAAGCUAUCCAACCAUAUCCAGUAUAAUUAUGGGAAUCAAGUAGUUGAAUUUAGAGAUUCACGGUCCUAAACAAACGAUUUUAAAUAAAACAAAAUAUAAAAUAUAUAUAAUAUUUUCAGAUAUACAUGUGUUUUAAUCAAGUCCAGAGAGACAACAUACGUACGCCAAUGUACCUAAAAUAUUAAAUAAUUUUUUUUUGGAUCGUCCCACAAAGAUAUUACGAUAAAAAUAUAUAUACAAAAUAUAUAUACAGAUAUGUGUAAUGUUAUUGAUGUAAAAUUUAUGGCAUAUUAUAUAUUAUAUUCACUUAACCAGCACUCUUAAGUAGUGAAUAAAUCAUGUUAACUGCAAAGGGGGAUUGGAGGGAUUUUAUUGGUACAUUGGAAAUAAAAAGGCUCUGUUUUGGUAAAUUUUUCAUUCAAUUUUAUUUCAUUUUUUUGUAUUUUUCUUUUUGUUGUUUUUUGCACGUUUUUUGUCAUAUUUUUAUUUUAUUUUGUAUAUCAUUGCUUGCCGGCGUUUUUAUUUUUAUUUUUUUUUUUGUUUUUAGGUUUUGUUAUCGUUUGGAUUUCGAUUUUUUGUUUAUGAAAGAGCAAAAGAGCGUAGAACAAAA